AUGGUUACAUCAGCCACGGACCGUCGUCGGCUGGAUGCAACAGCUUCCUACGUCAAGUGGAUCGAUCGAACCAUGCAGUCAGGCAAGUUUAACCAGAUUAAGGCUAUUUGUGGAUUGCUCAAUCAUGAUGUAAUCGCCCUUACAGAGACGAAGGCGCUCGUUAAUCACACUCGCGCCAAGGAGCAACUAGUAUUACAGGGCUAUAGCCACCUUGCAUGCACUAGAACACCGUGCACAGGCUCUCGAAGGUCCGGCGGGGUAUCUGUGUUUGUGCGUGAUGAGCUGGCCCCCUGUGUGAGAGGAGUGGGCUUGACGAAUGCACCUGUUGGGGUGGAAAUCGUCUGGUUGCGAUUCCAUAGCGUUCUCCCUGGAGGGCGGGCGCUCCUACUUGGGACUGGUUACUGCUCGCCCCAGGGGUCCAGCGUUUAUAGCAGCACGGAUGGUAGUGGCCUGGUGUAUAGCGAGGCCCCCGACACUGCAGCCACAGCUGUUUUCGGAAGCAUUACUGGCGAGCUAGAUAGCAGGGUUCGACACUGA